AGUGGGGACAAUCAGGCAAAAGGCAGCGAUGCGCUUCGCUUGGACCGCGCUCCUGCUCGGGCCCCUGCAGCUCUGCGCGCUCCUGCGCUGCGCCCCGCCGGCCGCUGGCCAGCAGCAGCCCCCUCGCCAGCAGCCGGCGGCUCCGGCCGCCUGGCGCCAGAGGAUCCAAUGGGAGAACAACGGGCAGGUGUUCAGCCUGCUGAGCCUGGGCUCGCAGUACCAGCCGCAGCGCCGACGGGACCCGGGCACCACCGCCCCGGGCGCUGCCAACGCCGCAGCCCCGCAGCCGCGCACGCCAAUCCUGCUGCUCCGCAACCGCACGGCGGCAGCACGGGAGCGCACUGCAGGCACGUCGGGGGUCGCCGGCCGACCCAGACCCGCCGCCCGCCAUUGGUUCCAAGCUGGCUACUCGCCGUCCGGGGCCCGCGAUGCUGGGGACUCGCGAGACGGCAACCGGACGGCGCUGGGAGAGCGCCCGGCGCCCAGUAACCUGCAGCCGCCCAGCCGCGUAGACGGCAUGGUGGGCGACGACCCAUACAACCCUUACAAGUACUCCGACGACAACCCCUAUUACAACUACUAUGACACGUACGAAAGGCCCCGGCCUGGGAGCAGGUACCGGCCGGGAUACGGCACCGGCUACUUCCAGUACGGUCUCCCGGACCUGGUGCCAGACCCGUACUACAUCCAGGCGUCCACGUACGUGCAAAAGAUGUCCAUGUACAACCUGAGAUGCGCCGCAGAGGAAAACUGCUUGGCCAGCUCAGCAUACAGAGCAGAUGUUAGAGAUUAUGAUCACAGGGUGCUGCUAAGAUUCCCCCAAAGAGUGAAAAACCAAGGGACAUCAGAUUUCUUACCAAGCCGACCGAGAUAUUCCUGGGAAUGGCACAGUUGUCACCAACAUUAUCACAGCAUGGAUGAAUUCAGCCACUAUGACCUCCUUGAUGCCAGUACCCAGAGGAGAGUGGCUGAAGGCCACAAAGCGAGUUUCUGUCUUGAGGACACAUCCUGUGACUAUGGCUACCACAGGCGAUUUGCAUGUACUGCUCAUACACAGGGGUUGAGUCCUGGCUGCUAUGAUACCUAUAAUGCAGACAUAGACUGCCAGUGGAUUGAUAUUACGGAUGUAAAACCUGGAAACUACAUUUUAAAGGUCAGUGUGAACCCCAGCUACCUGGUGCCUGAAUCGGACUAUUCCAACAAUGUCGUGCGCUGUGAAAUCCGCUACACGGGACACCAUGCGUAUGCCUCGGGCUGCACAAUUUCACCGUAUUAGAAAGCAAGCCAAAACUCCCAAUGGAUCAAUCAGUGCCUGGUGUUCUGAAGUGGGAAAAAAUAGAUUAACUUCAGUAGGAUUUAUAUAUUUUGAAAGAACAGAAAACAACAAAGGAAUUUUUGUUUGGACUGUUUUAGAACAAAGCACAUAACUGGAUUUUGAACAUUUAAAUUGGUAUUACUUGGGAAAUUUUUAAUAUUAUUCAUAUUACUUUGUGAAUGAACCGUGUUUCCAUUCUGUAGAUGCACACUUUGGCUCAUUGACGGAUAUCCAAAUUUCUUAUGCUCCUUUGGAAAUUAUGGUGUAAAAGGGAAAAUAACAUUUUAGCAAAUGAGCCAAAAUUACCAUUAACUGAGAAUUUUCUUCACUUCAGUGAACCAUAACAAUAACUGCUUGUACUUGUCCUUGCAUAGAUUAAUUUAGAAAGCAGGCUCCUACUGUUCAAGUAGAUACAGACACAUUUGGUGCUGAGGAAGGAACAAACAUUACCAUUGGUGUCAAGAAACAUUACUAUAUAGCAGAGAAGUCGCAAUAUAUGUACUCAGAUAGUUACAUCCCUAUAUAAAAUUUUAUGUUUACAUUUUAAAGUUAGUAAACUCCUGUCUUUCUGUUUAACGUACAAUUUCAUUCUGACUUAAGUCAGCUUUUGUUUUGGAACAAAUUAAGAAACUGAGCUGCCCAACUCCUGUCUGACAUGCGUUGAUGCUGUCUCAAUUCUUUAAUUUUCCUAUGGGCAGAGACCUUUUAAGUGGCAUUCUUAAAAUCACCAUUCUGGGGACUGGUGUAUGGAGGACAAUUUUGUCUAUGGGAAGUCAUUCUGAUGAUAGAUGCAAUAUAUUUAGAGAAACUAUGUAUGUGCUUAAGUAAGUAUAGCAGUUAACUGAAAAAUUUUCCUGGUUGACAUAAAAAUCAUACAAACAAGUCCCCAAAACCACAACUGUCCCUCAGAUACUUUCAAACAUUAAUGAAAAAUACCUUAGGAUUUUCAACUUGUCUACAUUUUUUUAAAUGUUCUGCUUUUAAAUGAAGAAUGCUAAAAAAUAUUUGAAUAAUCCAGGAUACAUAACAUAAUACCUGGAUAUCGGAACAUUAUCAGGUCAUCCAGGACUCAGUAAUAUAUAUGUAUUUUUUCCGUGUUGUCUGAAGUAUAAACCAAAAAGCAUGUAACAUUACAUAGUUGAGGUGUUGGUGAAUAAGGGGGGAAAAAUAAUUUUCUGUAAAACAAACAACUAUGCUGCAUAAUGAGACAGCUGUGAUUUUAUUUUAAAACUGUGAAACCAUGUGCCACAAUGAAAUUUGGAAAAUUGCCUUUUUUUUUUUUUUUCCCCUAGUUCCAAAAGGUGCAGAGAGAAAUCAAAUGACACUUUUUAAGUUAGUGGUGCUUAGGCAGAAGUCUUCCUACAUUACCCAGUAUAAAAAUCUCAAGUGAGAGAUUUCUAGUUUGGUAGAAUUUAAAAUUGAGUUGGUAAGCCUGUAUCAUACAUCAUAGAGUUGUGAAGUCAACACCAACUACUAGGAGUCGUUUUGCACUCACUAGUGCCUAGUGCAGCAAGGGGGGCUAGAGACCCAGGGGUGGAAGCCAACCUCAUCUGCUAGGGCACAUACUUACCAAUGGAGAAUGCAACUUGAUAGAGACCCAGAACUUCCAUUGAGCUAGUAUCUGAGCUAUGGAGUAACUUCUUUGAUGUACCUCUUCACCUUAAAUUGCUUAUUUAGUUUUGAGACUAUAGAAUGAUCCUUUCAAGUCAUACUCUUUCCUCAUAGAGAUAUUUUAAUAUACUUGCUUAAAAACAAAAACAAAAACAAAA